ACUCUUUUACUACUGCCUGCGAUGUGACUCCACGCCGCUCGCUCGCUGGAAUAUCACCCUGCGUGACAAGUGACGGAUUUUACGCGCACGCCAAGCCGUCCAGUUUUCCAAAUUCAAGGGGACACCGCGACAGCGGCCAAUGCCUUUUACCAUGACUGUGGGAUUAAUAACGGUUUUGUGUGCUGUAACGGCCGUUUUCGCGUUGGAAGAAACAUUAAUGGACACCCGGACCGCCACAGCAGAGCUCGGGUGGACGGCGUACCCUUCGUCAGGGUGGGAGGAAGUAAGCGGCUAUGACGAGAACCUCAACACCAUCCGAACGUACCAGGUGUGUAACGUCUUUGAGUCCAACCAGAACAAUUGGCUGCUCACCACCUUCAUUGCACGACGUGGCGCUCAGCGCAUCUACGUGGAGAUGCGUUUCACCGUCCGAGACUGCAGCAGCAUCCCGCGGGUGCCUGGAUCCUGUAAGGAGACCUUUAACUUGUACUACUACGAGACAGACUCCGUCAUCGCCACCAAAGGUACGGCGUUCUGGAUGGAGGCUCCGUAUUUGAAGGUGGACACCAUUGCGGCGGAUGAGAGCUUCUCGCAGGUGGAUUUUGGUGGUAGAUUGAUGAAAGUGAACACGGAGGUGCGAAGUUUCGGUCCGUUGUCGAAAAACGGCUUUUAUUUGGCAUUUCAGGACUACGGCGCAUGCAUGUCCCUGCUGUCUGUCCGUGUGUUUUAUAAGAAAUGCCCUAGUGUCGUGCAGAACUUUGCGAUCUUUCCAGAGACCAUGACCGGGGCAGAGAGCACCUCGCUGGUGAUCGCUCGCGGUAUGUGCAUCCCGAAUUCUGAGGAAGUGGACGUACCGAUUAAGUUGUACUGUAAUGGCGAUGGGGACUGGAUGGUUCCGAUUGGGAGCUGCACCUGCAAGGCAGGAUUCGAGCCGGAUAACGGGAACGUCUGUCGAGCUUGUCCUCCGGGAACAUUCAAGUCCAGUCAAGGGACGGGUUUGUGUCUUCAGUGUCCGUCCAACAGCAGGUCCACAUCUGAAGCCGCCACUAUCUGCGUCUGCAGGAACGGCUACUACAGAGCAGACGGAGAGCAGCCAGACAUGCCCUGCACCAGUGUUCCUUCUGGACCAAGAAACGUCAUCUCCAUUGUGAACGAGACCUCUGUGACUCUGGAGUGGCACUCUCCGCGCGAGACAGGUGGCCGUGAUGAUGUCGUGUAUAAUAUUAUUUGUAAGAAAUGCCAGGCGGACCGUCGUUCCUGCUCCCAUUGCGAUGAUAACGUUGAGUUUCAGCCCCGGCAGCUGGGACUGACCGAAUCCAGAGUCUUCAUCAGUAACCUGCUGGCACACACUCUCUACACCUUUGAGAUCCAGGCGGUCAACGGCGUCACCAACAAGAGCCCGUAUCCUGCCCAGCACGUCUCCAUAGACAUCACAACCAACCAGGCUGGUGAAUCCUCUAUAUUGGAUUUGCAUCAACUAACCACAGCAGACAUGCUCACACCACAGCCUGAACAGCCCAAUGGAAUUAUUCUCGAUUAUGAGCUGCUCUACUAUGAGAAGGAGCUGUCUGAGGUGAACUCCACACAGGUGAGGAGUCAGACGAACACGGCUCGUGUGGAUGGAUUACGGCCGGGCACCAUGUACGUGAUGCAGGUUCGCGCCAGGACGGUUGCCGGUUUCGGCAAAUACAGCAGCAAAAUGUGCUUCCAAACCCUCACAGAUGACGACUAUAAAUCAGAGCUGAGGGAGCAGUUGCCGCUGAUUGCAGGCUCAGCCGCGGCUGGAGUGGUCUUCAUUGUGUCUCUGGUGGCAAUAUCUAUAGUCUGUAGCAGGCCAGAUCUGUCCAACUGCCACACGCCCAUGGGCUGCCCGACCCUGCCAGGCUCUCCGGGGAUGAAGAUCUACAUCGACCCCUUCACCUAUGAAGAUCCUAAUGAAGCCGUCAGAGAAUUCGCCAAGGAAAUAGACGUCUCCACUGUCAAGAUUGAAGAAGUUAUCGGGUUCAUGGAGAACGGGGCGCUCGACUCCUUCCUUAGGCAAAAUGAUGGGCAGUUCACAGGGAUCCAGUUGGUGGGGAUGCUGAGGGGAAUUGCUGCUGGCAUGAAGUACCUGUCGGAGAUGAAUUACGUCCACCGAGACCUGGCCGCCCGCAACAUCCUGGUCAACAGCAACCUCGUGUGCAAGGUGUCGGACUUCGGCCUGUCCCGUUAUCUGCAGGAAGACACCUCUGACCCCACCUACACCAGCUCACUGGGUGGAAAGAUCCCUGUGAGAUGGACCUCGCCGGAAGCCAUCGCGUACAGGAAGUUCACUUCUGCUAGUGACGUCUGGAGUUACGGUAUCGUCAUGUGGGAGGUGAUGUCUUUUGGCGAGAGGCCCUACUGGGACAUGAGCAACCAAGAUGUGAUAAAUGCUAUAGAGCAGGAUUACAGGCUGCCGCCCCCCAUGGACUGUCCCACUGCUCUCCACCAGCUGAUGCUCGACUGCUGGCAGAAAGAUCGGAACGCUCGGCCGCGCUUCACGGAUAUCGUCAAUACGCUCGACAAACUCAUCCGCAACCCCACCAGCCUUAAAGCAGUCGCCAGUAUACCCACUAUGUGA